AUGAAGGGAUCCACCUUAGCUACCCCAGCAGCGGCGGCGGGAAGGCUCGGUCCGAGCCUCAGCCAGGGUGCCGUGGAUAAAUCGUCGGUUCGGACAGCGGACGCUGCCUGGAAUGUAGGCUUCGUUGCCGUGGGAAGUCUCAAGUCAAAGGAAGUGGUUGACAUUUUCUACGGCCGGUUGACCUCGAAGGAGAAGAGCGCAAUUGCGCCGCUGUUUCCGGGAGUUCUGCAAACCGCCCCAAACGCCUCUGCUUCGGUGCGCAGGAAGUUCCCCGUGGAGGAUGGCGGAGUCAUGUUUCUGGCCUCAGAUUCAACGGGCUCUUUUUUGUUUGGAGUAUAUGUACAGGACAGAACCUACCCAGAACGCGCUGCGUUUGCUUUGUUAACGGAAGUUCAGCAGUUGGUUUCAGAGGCCAUUCAAGCCGAGCCAGCAUGCGGGAAGAAACCGGGGCUGCUUGCAAAGCGAGUGCGUCAAGCUGUGAGGGGCCUCAUCUCCAAGUUCGACCUGCCCGCCUCGGUUGACAAGACUGCAGAAGUACUCAAGAAGGUGGAGGAUGUAAAGCUUGAGAUGGAGAAAAACGUGCAAAAAGUGCUGCAGAACCAAGCGAACCUGGAGAGUCUCGAAUCCAAAACAGAUCAGCUUGCAAGCAGCGCCAAAACGUUCAAGCAGACAGCGGGCGACGUCAACAGAGCCACGUGGUGGCAGAAAGUCAAACUCACAAUCCUGCUUGGCUUUUUCGUCACCGCUGUUGUCGCCUAUCUCGUGUUCAUUAUCCUCGACUUUGUGCUAAAUGCCGACAGAUAG